AGGCCUGGUCGCCCUGGGCUCUGGGCUGUGGGGUGUCCUCCCCCCACUGUGCAGAGGGGGGCGAGCUCAGGCUCUGAGGUUCCUCCUCUGUGGACGGGGAGGUCCUGGGCUGCUCCCCAGCUUUCCUGGUCUCUCUGCAGGCCCCUCCCACUCACUGUCUUGCUUCUCUUUCCAGCAACAAGGAGCCCAGAUACCCUCAGAGAUGCUGUGGCUGCUACUGCCCCUGCUGUGGGCAGGGUCCAUGGCUCAGGAUAGCAGAUACACGCUGCACAUGCAGUCCACCGUGACGGUGCAGGAGGGCUUGUGUGUCCAUGUGACCUGCAAGGUGUUCUACUCCUACGAAGGAUGGGAUGUGUCUACACCAGCUCAUGGCUACUGGUACAAGGGAGAGACACAUGAAAAUAAGGUUUUGGUGGCCACAAACAACCCAGAUCCUAAACUGCAGGAGGAGACCCAGGGCCGAUUUCACCUCCGUGGGGAUCCCAGGACCUACAACUGCUCCCUGGACAUCAGAGACGCCCGGAGGACAGAUGAGGGAUUAUACUAUUUUCGGUUGGAGAGAGGAGGUACCGCUAAAUAUUCUUACCUAGAAAACAAGCUCUCCGUGCGAGUGACGGCCCUCAACCACACACCCCACAUCCUCACCCCUGAAACCCUCGAGAGCGGCCGCCCCAGGAACCUGACCUGCUCUGUGCCCUGGGCCUGUGAGCGGGGCACGCCCCCCACCUUCUCCUGGACCUCAGCUGCCCACAGCUCCCUGGGCCCCAGGACCCACCUCUCCUCCAUGCUCACCCUCACCCCACGGCCCCAGGACCACGGCACCUACCUCACCUGUCAGGUGCACUUUCCUGCCGCUGGUGUGACCGUGGAGAGAACCAUCCAGCUCAAUGUCACCUGUCCCCCUCAGAACCCAACACCAGGUGGUUGCCUAGGAGACGGUGCAGGGGAACUGAGGACGAAGGCAGACGUGGUUCAGGCGGCCGUCGCGGGAGCCGGUAUCACUGCACUGCUGGCUGGCUGCCUCUGCCUCAUCUAUUUUGUAGUGAAGACUCGCAGGAAGAAAGCCAGGGCAGCGAUGGGCAUGGACAACAUCCACCCUGCCACAGGGCCAGCUUCCCUGGGUCAGCAGAAGACGCCUGAAUCAGACAGCCUGGCUGACUCCACCAGCCCUGCAGGGGCCACCCCGGCCUUGAGGGUGGAGCCAGACGUGUAUUAUGCCUCCAUCCGCUUUAAGGAGAAGAAACCUCCUCAGACGAGCCCCGAAUCGGAAUACGCAAAUGUCAGGACCCACUGAGAGGCCGAAACAUCCAUAUCCUCCAUGGGAAGGGGGACCUACCAGCUGAUUUUUGGAGACCUCACAUCCCCACAGGACAGCACUCAAUGGGCAGUGGGUUUACAAACUACUGUUCCUGACCUAUUGGAACUACCUCAGGCAUUGCAGUCAAAGAGACCUGGGAGCAAGCUCCUCCUCUUUCUGCCGAUUAAGAAGAAUAUGACACCCCUGGAGCCACCUUACCCCUCUGGGACUUGAUUUCCUGAUCUGUGAUCAGGCAUGAGAAGUUCUACAUUGCAGGGUUGCUAUGAGGAUUAAAUAAAAGUACACAUGGAACCUGG